AAUAAACUUAUACAUGAAAAUUCAUACAGAUAUACAAUACGAUUUAGAUUGCAAAGAUCAGAAAAUACCACAGAGCUUGACGCCCUUUGAUUUACUAAAGUAAGUGUAGGAAAAAAUUUAGUGGUGUAAAAUUUUUCUAAAAUUUAGUAGUGUUCGUUUACAACACGCAUGCGCUGUGAAUUUGGAAAAAUAGUAUGGCGGAAACUAGUCCAGGAUAAUAUUUUCUCAAAAUUUGAAGAAAUUGCGAUAUUGAUAGAGUAUCAGGAUGGCACAUCAACUUCAGUUAGAGAAGGAAAAAUACAGACAGUGGGUAAAGGCUGGUUUAGGACUUGGAUAUUUAAAAGGAGGGACUGGCACCAUUCUGUAAAUGAUAUAGCUGACCAACAACAUAAGGAUAUCUUACAAAACAUUCGGUCUACAAAAUCACUACCAUCAACUGUGACAUGUGGGGGAUGUCAAGUUGAAACUCUCAAGCCAGACCAUAAGCCAGUACCUGGGAAUGCUGGAAACAAAGUCUGUCCUCUUGGGCAAGUAAAAUGCAGCUGUUGCUUUAAGGGAAAAAUUGCUUGUCCGAACAACAUAUGUGGCGCCAUCUAUGACUAUAUUGUGCAGCAUCAUGCCUCUACGCCACCUGUGCCAGACUGGAAAAACAGUGAUGCUCGAAAUUGGUAGACAGACCCGUGGAGCAUUAGCAAAUGUUUUAUAAAUGCUCCUGGGUACAAGGACAAGACAUCAGCAGUCGACACCGAUUGUACUGGGUUACUGCAUGUUAUCACAAAUAACAUAUAUUUUCAUAAUCAUAUUGGAGGGAUUGCUACUGGACCAAA